GUACGUGCGUCGUCCACACGUUUUGUCUCGCUCUGCUAUUCUUUCCUAGAACUUUGUGCUUCUGCUUUUCAAGGGGCCUGAAAUCGCCGAUUUUCACCCCCCCUCGCUAAAGUUUCCUGGCAAAAAAUGUCCAAGCACACGGUGUUGGUCCUCCUGGGACUGGCCAUUGCCACGGCCACUGCAUCCGAGUACUACGAUACCAAAACCACCGACAAGGACUAUCUUCUUAAACAAAAACAAAUUUUCAACCUCAUCUAUCACGUGCCCCAGCCGGACAUCGUGAAUCCCGAGCUCUACAAACUCGGCCAGGCAUGGAACAUCGAGGAAAAGAUGGACUUUUACGCGAACAAGGAAGCAGUACAAGAUUUCUUGAAAUUUUAUCGAAGCGGGAUGCUCCCGAGGGGCGAAAUGUUCUCCGUGUACUAUCCGAAGCUGAUGAAGGAAUCGUACGCCUUGUUCCGCAUCUUUUACUACGCCAAAGAUUUCGAUACGUUUUUCAACAGCGCGUUGUGGGCCCGUGUCUACAUGAACGAGGGCUCGUACCUGUGCGCUCUUUAUCAGGCCGUCUUACGGCGACCUGACACCAAGUACAUUCGGCUUCCGCCCCCGUACGAAAUCUACCCGUACGCGUUCUACAAUUCGGAGAUUCUAGAAAAGGCGAAAAACGCACAUUUGUACAGAGAAAUAAACGCUAAUACCGACAAGUCCGAAAUCAUCAUCAACGGCAACUAUUCCGGCUGGUACAUCGGGCGUGAAUACGACACGGAAAUGAAGCUCAAGUACUUCAUCGAGGACGUCGGCUUCAACAGCUUCUACUUCUACUUCAGACAGGAAUCGCCUUUCUGGUUGAACAGCGAGGACUACGCACUCGGAGAAAAGGACAUCCGAGGCGAGGAGUAUCUCUACGGCCACAAACAAAUUCUGGCCCGUUACAAUCUCGAGAGAAUAGCAAACGGCUUGGAACGCAUCGAAGAUUUCGACUGGAACAGCGAGUUCUAUCCUGGCUACUAUCCCACUAUGACUUACCACAACGGACUGCCGUUCCCGCAGAGGCCCCACUGGAGCAAAAUUCCUCACUACAAGUACAUCUACUCCAGGGCAAUCCAAGAUUACGAAAUGAGAAUUUCGGCCGCCAUCGAUCUCGGCUACGUGAUCGACGCCGACGGCAAACAGGUCAAGAUCUACACCCCCGAGGGCCUCAAUAUUCUUGGCAAUUUGAUCGAGGGCAACGAAGACUCGUGCAACAAAGAAUUCUACGGAAGCAUCGACGCCCUGGGACGGAAAAUUCUCGGCUUCAAUCUCGAGCCGAAAACUCCUUAUCAGAUAAUCCCCAGCGCUCUCGAAUCCUUCGGCUCCUGUUUGAGGGAUCCCGCUUUCUAUCGUCUGUACAAGAGAAUCGUCCAGUACUAUUUCAGGUACAAGGCUCGCUUCGAACCGUACACGAAGGAAGAAAUAAUAUACCCGGGCCUGAAAAUCGAGUCGGUCGCGGUCGACAAGCUGUUGACGUACUUCGACGACUUUGACGCGACGAUAAGUAACGGUCUGCUCGUCGCAAAUCAAAAGGAAGCUGAAACCUUUUCGGUCAAAGUGCGACAAGAACGAUUGAAUCACAAACCUUUCACAGUCCACAUUGGUAUCAACUCCGACAAGGCGCAAAAAGUUACGUUCAAGCUGUUCCUCGGUCCGAAGUACGAUGGGCGCUGGAAUUCUCUCGACUUUAGUAAAUCCUACAAAUACUUCUACGAAAUCGAUAAUUGGAUAGCUGAUCUUACCGCCGGGGAGAAUAAAAUCGAGCGAAGCAGCAACGAUUUCUUCUUCACCAUUCCUGACGACGUGUCCAGUGAGAUUUACUACAAGCAGGUCGAGAGCGCACUGGCAAGCGGCGAGAACUUCAAGUACGAGGAACGCAUCUACGGCUUCCCGAGACGCUUGAUCCUUCCCAAAGGAAGAAGAGCCGGAAGUCCUUACCAAUUGUUCGUCUACGCGGUCCCCGUCGCCGGCGAGCCCGUUCAUUACGAAUCGAGAAUCUGGGGCAGUUAUCACUUCGACAGAAAAUCCUUCGGUUUCCCUCUCGACAGGCCCAUCGAGUACUCCAACUUCAUUGGACCCAACGUCUUCUUCAAGGACGUUACCAUCUACCACAAAUACGAUUUCGACAUCAAUUCCACCGUUUGAAAACAACACUCCGGCUCUCUUACAUUUUCUUUCCUCCUGCGCGAUCACGUGCCGCAGCGACUCGUCGAUUGAAUGUCCCAUUUUUAAUACCUUGCCAACGGAUAAAUAAAGCAUUUCAACAGCAUAA